AUGGGCUGCGGGGGCAGCCGGGCCGACGCCAUCGAGCCCCGCUACUACGAGAGCUGGACGCGGGAGACCGAGUCCACCUGGCUGACCAACACGGACUCCGAGAGCCCGCCGCAGGAGGGCGGCAGCGCCGAGGGCCCCGGCCGGGAGCAGGGCGCCCCGCGCCCCGGUCUUCUGGAGGAUGGGAAGUUGGCUCACACAGGUGUAUCUACAGCAUCAGCCACAGCUGGAAUGCUGAGCGCUGAGAAGAGGAACAACUGUGGCUCUCAGUGUGCAAACACCAUAGUUAACAGCAUGGGAACUACAACACAGAGACAGAAUGGCUUCAGGACCACAGAGAGUAAAUGGGACAUACAGAAAAUGUCCACGCAAGAAGUGCCCAUUAACGUUACGAAAGGCAUCAGACAAAGUGACAGAAGAAAAACAAAGAAUUGUGCCAACUAAUGAAGAAAAUUGCAGGUGAGGAUGGACUCAACAAAGCUUCACUGCACUUUAAAUGCCAGCCACUGAAGACAUGAAGAUCUCUAGGUGUUCCAGGUUGAAUACAGUAGGCAGCUGCUACUGAGUGCCUCCAGCAGCAGGUCUUGUGGGAACUACUGCAGGAUCUUCAGAUGUUGUUUGUCUAAAGCAGUGGCACUACACAGACAUACACAGAAAUUCAUGACAUUUGUUUUUUUCUAACUCCUAUGUUAUCCCUUGUGUACGUCCUGUUCUGCAUUGCUGUUAAGAUGAGGCUGGAUAGUAAGGGGUACAGCUCAUUGUAAUUAAAAUCAGGAAAUGAACAAAUGAAUCUGCAUUUUUAGUCAUAAAGGGGUUUUGGGUGUGCACAUUCAAACCCACAGAGUUCAUUUAAAGCACUCACAUUUUUAAAACACAAACCCAGACAUCUGAAGAAAGUGAGACUAAAGUCUAAUCUUCCACUUUUGAAAAAAUAUUUUUUAAAAAAAAUCUUUUUCCAGCUAUCUGUAUUGGUUAUGUACAGUUAAGUCAUACAGUAAUGUUUCUAAAUAUUAAAUUUUCAAUUACUUAGUUUUAAUUUAUUGUUCAUGUUGACAUAAUUUCAGUCUUAAAACCAGUAACAUUCAUAUUUGAUCAGCCUUACUUGGAGGUCCUAUUCUUAAUUGGUAAGUAGACUUAUGGCUACUUGGUUGUUUUAUAAAUGCCCCUCUGAUUAUGUUGAAGCCCAGUCUGACUUGGAAAAAAGUUACCAUUAACAUCACAUGAAAAUAACCACAGUUUUUAAAGUCAUAUUCUAAUGUCAGUUCAAAAAAUUAAAUUUCUUUGAUAGGAUAUAAUUCAUUCACUGUACAGAACUUAUUCAAUACAAUGUGAGCAUAGUACUCCAUGAUUAUCACAAACAUAUUUUUCUAAAAGGAUUAUAAAUGUUCAGUAUAGUAAAGUCUAGGAAUUAAUUCAACAUACUACUUCUUAAUAUGGAAGUAAUAAUAUAUAUUCUCUGUGAUUUUGCAUGUUUAUGAAGAUAAAAGAGGUAAAUUUAUUUGCCUCCCCUAUCAGAUCUACAUACAUAAAUAUAUAUAUAUAUACAUACGUAUAUAUACAUCCAUGGAUGUAUAUUACUAUCCUUAAAGGGCCAUGUAAAAGAGCUACUCAAAACAGGAAAACAAGUAUGAAUAGGAUUGUGAACUGAACCCUAGUUUAUUCUGGAUUAGGAUCACUUUAAUAGCUUGCUGCUUAGGUGUGCAAGUUGUUUUCCUUGUUGUACAAGUCUCUGCAAUAGGAAUUGUUUAUUAAUUACUCCAACAAAAAGGCAAACUGGAAUCCAGAGUUAGAGCCAGAAUUUUGCAUACCAUAGUAUAUUCUGAAAGGAUAUACCUGCAGACAGAGUGCAGUACAAACUGGUAUGAUACAAGAGGGCUACAGAAAGUGAAUAAUGAUCCUGAUGUGUUUAAAGGUAAACAGGAUUUUGAAGGAAGGCAAGAGAGAAGGUUUGUUUUGUGAGAAGCUCUUCCAGAGAUUGUGGCCUUGGGUGGAUACCACAUUUGAGCGGGCAGAUGCAAGAACAAAGGAGUUGGCAGUGAGAUUAUUUAUUAGCUGAGAAACUAUUUUGUGAUGAUGUGCUGACCAGAUUGUCAGAUGGCUUGGGGCACACCACAGAAGCAGCCCAUGAGCUGCAUGGCCCAUGAAGCAGCCCUGGCUCAUGCCAGCAGCCAUCACAGAGGCAGCUCUUGAGUCUUGUACUCUGAGCAUGAGAUGCUACAGGAUGGUUUGCAGGAGAUGGCCUUGGUCCACAAUUAUCUGGGCAAUAGCACAGACCUGCUCAUGCUGACCACAUUCCCCAUCAGGGUGGCAGCUGCAGAGUGGUGGAUGCUGCCUGUCCUGGACUGCUCAUGAUAACAUUUCUGAACCUGUUUAUAUACUGAAACUCAACUUUAUGACAUUCAAAAGAUUGGAUCCAACUUCUGUGGUAAAAGCCAUGUUUAGUAACAAGCAAUUUUAUACACAUUCCUCAUGUAAUACAUUAUUGUUCUUAUUCAUUAGGCAGUAACUGAAAAGAAAUUACAUUAUGUCCUAGGUGACUUCUUAGUGUUUGAUGUGCAGAGUUCCAAUGACCUUAAUAAAACUAAGAGGAUGCUGUGGAGCUGUGGAUCUUGCCUCUGUACACAGAUUGGGAUAUACUUAUGUUUACUUUCCUUCUACUAGAGAUAACCACCAGUAGAAGCAAUCAAUUUGUUUAUAAAAUAAUAUACCACUCUGUAUAAUCAGUGUGACAGAAUCUAGUCUAUACCACUUUAGACAAUUAAUUUAAAGUCCUCACAAUGGAUUCCUGUGCUGGUUUUAGUGGAAGAAGCAAGCCAGCAGAAUCAUCUGGACAUUUUCACUCCAGGUGGCCUUCUUAGAAAUGAGGGUGUUUACAGAGUCUGUUCUUUGAGCAUCAUCUUUAAGAUAUAAAUGGCUCAAAGACAUCAAAUAAAAUAACCAUGUUAAAAGACAUUUACUUUCAGAUAAAGGACCUGUGGGCAUCUCUGUCUUAUACGCCAGGAUUUUUUGAAAUGUAAUUUUCCCCAAGAAGACAUUAUCGCCACAUAAUUUGUUUGAUGUCCCUUGGCUGCACAUGAAGAUUUCUACAGGCACACUGAAACAACACACUUUCUACUGAAAUGAUUUGCCAACAGAUGGUGAGUUCUUAUGAUUCAUCUAACUUCAGGUUUUAAACAGAAAGGAACUUUGUCAUGUUUCCACAAUUCCAAAUCAAUAUAUACAUAGUAUUUUCCUAUAUAUCUUGAUAUAUCUUCUUCCACUAUGUGAGAAAUGGAAUCAUUCAAAAGAAAGAGGAUAUUGUCUAGAGAGAGGAUUUACAGUUCCUGACCCAUCAUGAGGCAAAUAAAUCUCCUCAAAGACUCAGUACUGCUUUAUCUUGCACUAUUCCUUCAUCUUCUCCCUUAUGAUUCUUUAAUGUAUUUCAUCAUUUCAGCAUCACUCUAGGACAUUGACUGGAAGACACACAAUUUUACUGUGUGACUGAAAUGAUUUCGUACUGACGUAAAUAUGAAACUAUAAUUAUUGUGUAAGCAAUAUAUGAGUACUGCGUCAAACAUGCAUUCUUGUUAGUUAAAUGACUGAGAUUUCUUAAAAACCAGGACACAGGUAUUUUUGAUCUUCCUGUGUUCAUAUACAUAGAUAUAUAUUUGUGCAUGUCUCUGCAUGUGUAUAUUGUAAUGCCUUUAGUGUGUACUUCUGCAGUUCAGGCACAUUUUUUUGAGAACCUUUAAUUUCUGUUUGUAAUUCUGAUACCCAAGUGUAAAGUAUUUUAAUGUUUGAACUGAAAUCUGUUUUACAUGCCUUAUGAAAAGAAUGAGCUAUAUAAUUUGUGCACAGAAAUGAUAUUUGAAAGAGCAGGCUUAGUUUUAUUUAUAAAUACAUCUAAAUUAAAACUAAACUAACGGGAACAUUUUUGUACUCUCUGCAAAUUAAUGAAGAUUGACCUUAAAUUUGAAAA